AACGUGGCGUCACCAGAGAACUUGAUAGUAAGAGCAAGUCUCUGGGUAAUGGAUCUUUGAGCGGGGAACCUUUGACGAUUCACUGCGGGGAGUAGGUCGAAGGUGACAGGCAACCGGGUGUACGCAGUGGCUUCGCAAACCGCACGCGAUAUCGCCUCGACCUCGCUCGCGCGUUGGGGGUAUCACGCUCCACUGGCUUUUUAAAUAGUACCAACACCCUUAGAAAAAGUUACGAAUACUGCAUCGAAUAGAUCGUCGGGGCAAAGCCAGUGUCUGUGUAGCGAUUCCCGAGGGUCCUGACGUACAAGUACCAAUCAUGGGGAAUAUGUUUGCAACGUUAUUCAAAGGUCUCUUUGGCAAAAAAGAAAUGAGGAUUUUGAUGGUGGGUCUUGAUGCAGCGGGUAAAACCACAAUUCUGUACAAACUAAAAUUAGGGGAAAUUGUUACUACAAUUCCCACUAUAGGUUUCAAUGUAGAAACGGUCGAGUAUAAAAAUAUAAGUUUCACUGUAUGGGAUGUGGGUGGCCAAGACAAAAUAAGGCCUUUAUGGCGACAUUAUUUUCAGAAUACACAAGGCUUGAUAUUCGUCGUUGAUAGUAAUGAUAGGGAACGUAUUGGUGAAGCGCGCGAAGAAUUGAUGAGAAUGCUGGCGGAAGAUGAACUCAGAGAUGCGGUACUCCUCAUAUUUGCUAAUAAGCAAGAUCUGCCAAAUGCAAUGAACGCAGCAGAGAUCACCGACAAGUUGGGAUUACAUUCUCUACGUAAUCGCAAUUGGUAUAUCCAGGCAACGUGUGCCACGAGUGGAGACGGACUUUACGAAGGCCUCGAUUGGCUUUCCAAUCAGCUGAAAAAUGCCAAUCGCUAAUUGGAAAAAUUACUCUGUCAACAUUCAGUUGCUAUUAACAUCAUACAAAAAUAGCUGCACGUCUCCUCCCCCCCUCUGCUACGAAUGAGUAACAUAAGAAACAAAUGAUACAAUCAUCGCAAGCUCUCCAAGAUCUUGAGUGGAAAAUGAAUAUAGAGGUGUUAUUCCUGAAAGUUGUCUCUGUGUCAGUAGGUUUUUUUUUUUGAGGGGGAAGAGGAGCGAGGAAGCGGCCGCAGGCACACGAUCGCGAACGGCCACAUCGGACUAUUGCCUUGCGCAACUUAUUAUAAUUAUUAUUAUUAUUAUAUUAGCAUUAUAUAUAGUUACACUUUUUACACAGAGAUGCCACAAGAAUGUGGAAAACUUGGAAGUAAUAUUAAAGUACCUAACUCUGAAACAUACGAUACACAUUGAUUAAUGAGUAAUUUAAAUGAUACCUCUUUGGUGAGAAAUUUAACAACAUAAACACACAUACACACAUGAGAAAAAAGAAAAGGUAAAGUACCCACAGUGUUGCCAGUUUUGAAUGCGUUGGACAUACCGAUUAUCAUAAUGUAGCUGCAUAUUGUACAUUACAUUAUAUAAAUAUGAUAAAAAUGUGAUCGAUAGACGAGAGAAUGUUGCUCUGUCCACUACAUUUUCAAAAAUUGUUCUCGCUUCGACCCAGCGCGAUUUACAAGAAAAUGCAAACAGUGAUUGCAGCAGACUAUGCAAUGACUUAUCAUUUCCUAGUUACAAAAGUUUCUUUCUAUUUUUUUAAGUUCUCGGUGAAUAGAAAACUUGGGAAAACGGAAAAUAUGGUUAAUUAUUGCUAACUGGUCAUGGCAGGUGCGUAUCUUCCUUUCACCUGUCCGCCUUCAAACUUACAGUUGUCCAAACAUAUAUGUCUCGCUAUAAAGGAGAAGCGAUUUAUUUAUUCCACCUCAAUAAGGUAUAUUAGAGUAUAUCCUUGACAUUCCGAAAUUCCGCAGUGAACGUGAUGAAAAAUUCAGAGACCCGAGAAAGAAAGAAAGAAAGAGAGAGAGAGAGAUUUAUAAAAAGGCUCUCGAGCUGUCAGCGAAGAGUCAGGCCUCGUAGCUGUUAAAUUCAUAAAUUUUUGCUAUUGUGGCGUUAUACGUCAGCAAUUUCGAGACUAAUUCGCGGUCGUUCUUCGAUGUCCCAACGUUUUUCCUGUCUUUGAAAUACAUUGUUUUUAUGAUAUACUCCUCCCCCUAAUUUUUCAUUAAAUCGCCUUUUCGUCAUAUGCGAAAAUUCGUAUAAUUAUGUAUGAAUGUUUAAACAAUUUGUGAAAUAUAUUGUAAUUGUGCUUUAUAUACGUAGUGUAUACAUUAUUCGCUAUCAGAGCAUACAGUUCUUUUUUAUUUUUAUUUUUUUAGGUGUCAUUAGUUAAUUCGUUAACUCUGAACGCAUCUUCCGCGUGUUCGUGUGACGUGAAGAGGCUAACCUUAGAAUAUAUAUGCUCUAAGAGGCUAACAAGCUUUAAUAUACAAAAAUAGCGGCAACAGAUAUUUAUACGAUAAAGCGAUUCUUCAUCAUCGAUUAUUCUCGCAUCCUAAAAUGUAGAUGAUGCGCGCGCGUGUGGUGUGAGAGAAAAGGAGGUAAGGGAAGAGGGGUGAAAGAGAGAGAGAGAGAGAGAAUUAGAAUCACUUCUUUACUAUGGACUGCGAAUAUACUUCAGACCUAUAUUGUCCAUUUUGAAACAAGAUUUGUUUUUCUUUUAAACAUUUGAUUAUAAUUUAAGAAAAUGUGUAUAUAUAUAUAUACAUGAAUUUGUUUGCAAAAAAUUGUUUUAAAGCGGGAAUUACAAUUUCUCCAGUGCCGAAAUAAAAUAAAAAUCUUAAUGGA